UCAGUUUGUUCUCUCUAUAUAUGUGAAUUUGAUUCAUAGUUUGUAAGAACUAAAAAUUAAUUAAAUGGCGUUGGAAGAUGGUGGUGGAAAAUGGAAGAACGUUGCUCUACUUGUCAUAGACAUGCAGAAAGACUUUAUAAGUGGGCCAGUGAAAGUAAAAGGAGGUGAAGCUAUCGUCCCCAACGUUAUCAAGGCUGUUCAAGUUGCAAGAAAAUGUGGCAUUCAUAUAGUUUGGGUUGUACGUGAGAUUGAUCCAUUAGGGAGAGAUGUUGAAUUAUUUCGUCGUCACUUUUAUACUGCUGCCAAAACAAAGGUGGCAUCAAAGGGAAGUGUUGGGGCUGAACUUGUUGAUGGACUAAUUAUUGAAGAAAAUGAUUAUAAAUUGGUCAAAACACGUUUUAGUGCUUUUCUCAACACACACCUUCAUUCAUAUCUUCACACUAAUGGCAUAACAGAUUUGGUCAUCACUGGUGUCCAAACUCCAAAUUGCAUACGACAGACUGUGUUUGAUGCAGUAUCAUUGGACUAUAAGCAUGUCUCAGUUAUCACUGAUGCAACAGCUGCAGCAACACCUGAUGUACACACUGCCAACAUAUUUGACAUGAAAAAUAUUGGAGUGGUGACUCCUACAUUAGAAGAAUGGUGCCAAUCUACAGAGAAAUACAUCAGUUGAACUCAAC